UUUGUCCCGUUCCCAUGUCAACAGUAGUUCUAAUAGGUUUCGUCUUGUUUUGGAGUGAAUCGUCGUUGGUGCAGUUUCCCCGCUUCCAUUCCGACCGCCGUCGUGCGUCCGCUUCCAACCGAAACGCAAGACGUCAAAUGCUUCCGAGACGACGUGAAGGGGCAAAACCGGAACGGGAUCUUCCGUCGUCGGUGGCCUCCGUUCGGUAGAGGAGGCGCGUAGACGGCCCACUCCUCGCCUCCUUGUAACGCGCUAGCCACCUCCGGCUCCGUCAGACGGCGAUUCUUCAAAUUUGACAUCCAGACGAAAUGGAUUUCAGGGUCUUCGUAUACGGCACCCUGAAGACUGGAGAGCCGAACCACCACUGGCUCACAAACGCGGAAAACGGCCUGUCGCGAUUCCUUGAGAAAGGACGGACGAAAAAGAAGUACCCGCUCGUCAUAGGCACCAUGUACAACAUACCCUUCUUGCUGGACACACCGGGCGUCGGUCACCACGUCGAGGGGGAAAUAUACGAAGUGGACAAGAAAAUGCUCUUGACCCUCGACAUUUUGGAGGAUCAUCCCAAUUUCUACAAAAGGAGGAAGGAGCCGGUUAUGCUGUUGGAGAGGGAGGAACUCUGCUGGACUUAUUUCCUUCAUAAGUUCAGACCGGAGAUGCUGAAAAAAGAGAUGCUCGUAUCGUACAAUUCAAGGGGAACGCAUAAUUUGCCCUAUAUAGAAAGGUAUAAGAGGGAUCCAAAUUUAAACUACAAAUCGCAGGUUUGCACCAAUGAAGCGAGGACAUUAGAGGAUCUUUGAUGCAGAUUUAUAUAUUCACUAGUGUAACCUAUUUUUAACAUCCAAUAUAAUUGCCAUUCCAUCAGCUGAAAUUGUCAGGAGAUAAAUGAAUAAAACAAUAUUUUUUUGUUCUACAUA